AUGAAGGAUAAAGAAAUAUCUACUUCAGUUCAAGAAGUAGGUACUUCUUACAACGAUUCACAGGAAUUGGAUAAUAGCAACAACAAUAGAUCAAGAAUCCCAAUGUUUCAAGAUGAUCAAAAUGAUUAUGACGAUAACAUCAGUUAUGAAAUCAAAAAUACAAAUACAGUCGACUCAGAUUCGGUAGAUAUGCAUCAACGCAAUUUCAAAGCUGAUAAUACUACCGACUCAAACACUUUUGAUAGAUCUGGUAAAAAAAGUUUUGAAAUUAAUGAUAGAAUUGUGAUAAAACCUGUAAAUGAUGAAGAUAAUACUAGCGUUAUCAUUAAUUUUAACCAAGGGAUAUCUCCAUUCAUUAUCAUUUUAACUUUUGUAACUUCUAUUUCAGGUUUUAUGUUCGGUUAUGAUACUGGUUAUAUCUCCACCGCUUUAAUCUCUAUUGGUACAGAUUUAGACCAUAAGGAAUUAACUUAUGGUAAUAAAGAAUUUAUUACUGCCGCCACUUCUUUAGGUGCUUUAAUCUCAAGUAUUUUUGCAGGUAUAUCUGCUGAUAUUUUUGGUAGAAAGCCAUGUAUCUUAUUAUCAAAUUUAAUGUUCUUAAUAGGUGCAAUCAUUCAAGUUACUGCCCAUACUUUCUGGCAAAUGGUUGUCGGUAGAUUCAUUAUGGGUUUCGGUGUCGGUAUCGGUUCUUUAAUCGCUCCUUUGUAUAUUUCAGAAAUCGCUCCAAAAAAUAUCAGAGGUAGAUUAACUGUCAUCAAUUCUCUUUGGUUAACUGGUGGUCAAUUGAUCGCUUAUGGUUGUGGUGCUGGUUUAAGUCAUGUUAAUAAUGGUUGGAGAAUCUUGGUUGGUUUAUCUUUAAUUCCAACCGUUAUCCAAUUCUCCUGCUUUUUGUUCUUACCUGACACUCCAAGAUUUUAUGUUAUGAAAGGUCAAUUAGAAAAAGCUAAUAAAGUUUUGCACAAAUCUUAUGUAGAUACCCCAGAUGAAGUCAUCAACGAAAAAAUUGCAGAAUUACAAGCUUUGAAUCACUCUAUUCCAGGUAAGAAUCAAUUCGAAAAAGUUUCAAACGCUUUUAUACAAUUACACACUGUUCCAUCAAACUUUAGAGCUUUAUUGAUUGCUUGUGGUCUACAAGCUAUUCAACAAUUCUCUGGUUGGAACUCUCUAUUGUAUUUCUCUGGUACUAUUUUUGAAACUGUCGGUUUUAGUAAUUCUUCUGCUGUUUCUAUCAUUGUCUCUGGUACCAAUUUCAUAUUUACAUUGAUUAAUUUCUUCUGUAUUGAUAAGGUUGGCCGUAGAAGAAUUCUGUUAAUUGGUUUACCAGGUAUGACCGGUUCUUUAGUCGUCUGUUCUAUUGCUUUCCAUUUUAUUGGUAUCACAUUUAAUGGUAAUGAUGCUCAAGUUGUGCAUACUGGUUUCUCUGCUUGGGGUAUUGUUAUUAUUGUCUUCAUUAUUGUCUUCGCAGCAUUCUACGCUAUUGGUAUCGGUACUGUCCCAUGGCAACAAUCUGAAUUGUUCCCACAAAAUGUUAGAGGUGCAGGUACUGCUUUAGCUACUGCUACUAACUGGUCUGGUAACUUGAUUAUCUCAUCUACUUUCUUGACUAUGUUACAAAAUAUAUCCCCACCAGGUACUUUUGCCUUAUUUGCAUCAUUUUCGGCUGUUUCAACCGUUUUAACUUAUUUCUGUUACCCAGAAUUAGCUGGUUUAGAAUUAGAAGAGGUUCAAGCUAUGUUAACAGACGGUUUCAAUGUCAAGGCCUCAGAACAACUUGCAAAGAAGAGAAGACAACAAAAUGAAGCCGAAAAUAAUGAUAUCAACUCUUUAAAGUUUGAGCCAACUCAAGAAAUGUUCGAAGAGUAG